AUGCCGAACUCUGACAUGGAAUCCCCGCCCUCACAGCCAGCCACAGUGACACUUGAAUACCUCGAGGGAAAAGACUCGGGGCUCUUCCGAAUGCUCAAGGCUGAGGCAGAGUCUUUGAAGGAGAUGGCUAAGCGCACGCAGGUAAAGGGGCUCAAGGAGAGCGUUGACCAGGUGAUCAACAUCAUAGGGUCCAUCGAGAGUAAUAACGCCGAGAUGAGAGUGAUGAGGAGCCAGGCAGUUGGCAGUAAGGUUAUGGUAGUGGACGCCAAGAAAGUGGUGACUAUUCUGACCCAGAACUUAAGUGCGGUGGUUAAUGAGUCUAAUAAGACAGUACUAGACGCCAUCUCAAGAGUUGGCACAAGGACGUCCGGAGGAAAUGAGGCUGGAGAAUACGACAGACCUGGCGACACCGACAGCGCGGAAGUCAAGGCGGCAGUCGCUAAUCUGCAGACGCUGCUCGAAGCGCAGAGCGCAAAGAUGGAUGAGAUGGCAGAGCGGGGAAAGCAGACAGCCUGGACGGACGUGGUUAGGAGCAAGGGCAAGAAGGACAAAGGCGACAAAACAGACGUCCAAUUAACCGAGCGGGUGCCGAGCCGUCGACGGGGAGCACGCCCCCCGGCCAUCCUAGUGGACGUCAGCAAUGAGGACUUCCCCGAGCUCGCGAAGAAAAUCCGCAGUGGGGCAUGCCGAGACGUCAUUGGUAACCGCGUAGUGGGGAUGAGGCAGGCAAAGUCCGGCGGCCUCCUCAUUGAGGUGCGUGGCAACCCGGAAGAAGUGUCCGCAGUGAGAGCAGAGAUUGCGAGAUCUGCAGGGGCCGAAAUCGGUGUCAGGACACUGCAGCAGAGGGAGCUGGUAGAAAUCAGGGACCUGGACCAAUGGUCAGAUGGACCUGAGGUCCUCGAAGCCAUAACUUCGGCCACAGGAUGCGACCCGAGCACGAUAAGGCUAGUGAGAAUGCGGAAGCGCUUCGGUGGAGCCCAACUCGCCUUAGUCUCCGCCCCCAAGGAGGUUACGCAGGUGAUCGUUAGUCAAGGUCGGCUGAGGGUGGGUAUGGUGAGCUGUAGUGUCAGGCACUGCGACGCCAAAGUUAGGUGUUUUAAGUGUCUGGCAUACGGCCAUGAGGCCAAGUCAUGCCAAGGUCCAGAUAGGACCGAGUGCUGCAGGCGCUGCGGCGAAACUGGCCACAAAGCGGCCAACUGUAGUGCCACGGAUCAAGCGGCAAACGUUUUUGCCGAGGUGUUGCAGGCGUCCAAAUCCAUGCCUAGCGCAGGAUCAUAUCGCUCGAGCGGAGCGACGGAGGACAAAUGCACACCAAAAUGA